UGCUGUUUUUCGGCGCGUUCAAGUACGUUCGACUGUGCAACAGGCAAGUGUUUCGUCAAUGGCUCAGACUGGCAGUACUCCAGACACCGAUUGUUUAGUCAGGCACUCAGUAUAUUGUCGUCGAUUGAAGAGGGCGUUUCACAGACGCCAAAGAACGGAAAAAUAUCAGAAAUGUGUAGAAGAAAAAAAUUCGCCAAAAAUAGCAAAAAUAUAUUAAAAAAAGUAUAAAGCCUUGCGGUAAAGCUUAGUGUCAUAUUUAUAUGUAAAAAUAAUUAAUUUAUAAAAAAAAAAUAUAGCAAAUAAAUUAUAUUGAAAAAGUUAAAAAAAAAAAGUUACAAAAAAAAAAUGUGCGUGACUUAAACGAAUAUUUAAAACUUCAAUUGUGCUAAAUACGCAUAAGUCUUCGAUGUAUAUAUGCAGUAAUGUCCUUUUCGCUUGCACCAGCUGUAGCUGCGCCAAAAAGUAUACUAUUGUUUGAAUAUGUGUGUGUGUGGGCGUGUGCAUAACUUUUGCGGCAACCACUUGUGAAUAUCGAAAUAUUGUAUGUAUUUUCAAGGCAAAUAGCGCUUAACACAACAAAAAUUGUUGAAAAUAACCCAACAACAAUAACAAUUAUCGCAAGACACUGCACGCAAAAUCAAUCAUACGCAGUGGUGUGUGCAGCAACAACAACUACAAUAGAGGCGAGGUCGCAACUGACAACAGUUAACAGUGACACAUUGUAGCACAGCAGCAACAACAAUAACAAUAGGUAAUAGUACAACUCUCGUCUCCGCGAACGCACCAACAGGCUGUCGCCGUUACCAUCACUCGUGCCGCCGCCGCUUAUUUACACUGCAGGAAAUGGAUUUCCACAGCCACAACAACACAGGCGGAAAUAAGUUUGUCUGCCCCAGCGACAGGCAACUGGCAUUGAGAGCAAAAUUACGUGCCGGUUGGAGCAGCUCGAAAAGUAACGAGCCCUUGCGGCCUGACGAACAGGCUGCCAUCAUCUCGGUCAUACGCCGCAAUGAGGAGAUAGAGAUUGCUGAGCGCCAGCGCGUCGGACGUCUGGUGGAUCGUGUGGAGAAGAUAAAACAGCGCGCCGUGGAACGCGGUCCGAAUUGUUGCCGACUAUGUGGCGACACUUUCGGACUGCUGCGUUCGACGCGCAUCAUUUGCGAGGAUUGCAAGAAGUUUGUGUGUACCAAGUGUAGCGUGGACAUUAAUAUACGCUACCACACCACUGAUCGUACGCGCGAAAUUUGGUUGUGUCGCAUCUGCUCGGAAACGCGUGAAAUGUGGAAGAAAUCGGGUGCGUGGUUUUUCAAAGGGCUUCCAAACUAUGACGCACCCAGCAGCACUAGUUCAACGCCCACACGCCAAACAGCGACUGGCGGCGCUAUGUCUGAUGUGCUACUGCCACCGCGUGGCGCACAAAGUUGUAACAAUACACCCACGCGCAAUGUGCGCGUAAAGAAGCUCACAAUACACGUUGACGAUAGCAGUAGUUCGGAAGAAGACGCCAACUGCGGCGGCGGUGGUGGUGGUGAUGUUGUGGACGGCGCCAUAAGCACUGUAUGCGCUGCAGCGUCAUCAGCAGCAGCAAGCGUACCCAAUAGAAAUGCUGUGAAUACUGAUGUGUCACCGCCGGCAACACGCAUGCAGCGUGAGGAUAGCUUUCGACUGCGCACUUUCGGUUCUAUACGCAGCUUUAUUGAUAGCGGCGAGCGCAAACUUUCUAAUUCCUUCUUUGCCAAUCGUCAAGCGGCCAGAUCAGAGUACAGUCAGCCGGAAUAUGAUAGCAUAUCAACUGCAUCGACUGUCACUUCGGUGAACAAUAGACGCGAAAGCAACAGUAAUUACACACGCCGCAGUUCCGUCUCAUCGUCAUGGUCGAUUAGUGAAGAGAGCUCGUCGGGCAACUCGGCUGCCACGAGCAGUCAAGUGCACAGUCACAAUCAGGUGAAUUUACACUGCCGCGAGUUGCUUGGCUGGCUAGAGGUAGCAGUUAACUAUCGUGAGAGCGUACACAGCUUGGACUGUAUAAUGGUAAGGGCGCGCGACUUGCCCGCCAUGGAUGCGGCUGGUUUGACGGAUCCCUUUUGCAAGUUGAACAUUGUGACGCCAGAGGGUACGACCAAAUACACACGUUGGCUACGCACGAAAACAGUGCAUAAGACGCGCAAUCCGGAAUUCAAUGAGACGUUGCAAUUUGUAGGUGUCGAACCGGAAGAGUUGGUUAGUUCGUCGCUGUACGUAGCGAUCUUUGAUGACGAUAAGUAUGGCUAUGAUUACUUGGGAGGGGCUAAAAUUGCGCUAUCGGCGGUGCACAAUACCAAUCAGUAUCGAAUUUCUGUGCCGCUGGGCGGUGAAGAUCAAUAUAGCAAUGAGGCUGAAAUGUCACAGGAAUGGCCACAUGGAAAAAUUUUGAUUUCCCUCUGCUAUAAUACUAAGCGACGGGCGUUGGUAGUAAACGUGAAGCAGUGCAUCAAUUUGAUACCAAUGGACAACAACGGCAGCUCGGAUCCAUUUGUUAAGCUACAAUUAAAACCUGAUUUACAUAAAAAUAAAAAAUAUAAAACAGGUGUCAAAUGGCGCACACUGAAUCCGAUAUAUCGUGAAGAGUUCUAUUUCGAAUCGAGUCCACAUGAUUUGAAUAAGCAAACAUUGAUUAUUACCGUUUGGGACAAGGACAUUGGCAAAAGUAAUGACUUUCUGGGCAGCUUGAUAAUCGGUUACAAUAGCAAGGGUGAGCGCUUACAACAGUGGCUGGAUUGCAUAAAAUUGCCGGAUCAUUUCCAUGAGAAAUGGCACUGUCUAUCAGGUGAACAUCCAACGCAUUAGACAAAUGGCGGAGUAAAAUUGAAAAUUAAUAGGAACAAGUAUGCGCAGACUAAAAAAAUUUAACAAAUAAUCAAAGAUACAUAAACAAAGACCUGUUAAAGAAUAUUAUGAAUGUGAAAAAUAUAAAUACAUAUGCAUGUGUGUAUGUAUGUGGCAGCUUGCCCAGCGCAUUUACGUUUACAUAUGUAUGUAUGUAUGUAUGUAUGUAAAUUUGAACAUGUACUUCUGUAUUAUGUAUGCAUGUAAUCCACCCACAGAAAACGUUGCCAAAAAUUUAAAUAAGUAUUCUAAUUUAUUUUCUUAUACAAGCUAAUAACGCAUAAAUACAUAUAUAACUUAUGUGGAUAUAACGAUCCCAGUGCUGAUUUGUCGUCUUCGCCAUCAUCAACGUCAACACCAACCCUCACCAUUCAGCAUUUAUUACCCCAAUUUUGAUGCAUUAUAUUGUAUAGUACGUACUAUAAAUUGUUUUUAAGUGUCCUUAAAUGGGUUAAAUAAGCAUCAAUCAACAAACACAUACAAACAUAUUAUAAGUAUAAAUAAAACAACUAAAAAUCAAAUCUACUACAGCUAUGCAAGAAUAUUUGAAUGCAUUGAGAGUUGAAUAUGUUUUUUUGUUUAUCAUACUUUAAUGAUGGAAUAAAAUAUGGGGAAUUGGUACUAUAUCUACUAUGAAUAUUGCAAAAAUGUGUGUUGUUAUUUUUAGAAACUAAUCGAAAUGGGCAUCAACUGGGCGAAUAUCACAAGUAUGGCAUAACAGGUUUAUUAUUCAUGCAUAGGCUUUGUUAUAUGUAUGAAUAUAUAAUAUGUGAAUAUGUACAUAUGUAGAUCGAAUUUCAACUUUUGUUUAUGCCCAGUUGAAGCACUAUUUUCACUUUACAUUUCGACAAGCAGUCAAACGCAAAUAUUUAACUUAUUUUUAAGUAAUUCUUAUUGAAUGUAGCGAAGAUUUAUGACAGCGGUAAUCAGUGUUAAGGUGUGUGAAAUUGGGGAAAGCUAUAGACCCCGCAGGAAAAUUCGGAACUAAUGAAAUGAAUUUCUUUUUUUAAAUUAAUACUAUUUAGCGAAUAAUAGCAACUUGAUGUAAUGGUUCAAGUCGUACUGGAAGGAGUUGAUGCUUUUUUGAAUAAAAAAAAAAAAAAAACAAAAAAGAAAUCAAAGAAAAAAAUUAAUAUUAAAAAAUAACCCAAAAAAAAAAUCUAAAAUUAUUGUAAUUUUAAAUAUGUAUACAGAAAUACAUAGGUUCGCAUCUAUCAAAUCAACAUCAAAAUGAAAACGUUUGUUUUAGUAUCGGUCACCCCUCGGCAACCAAUGGCAAAUCUCCGAGUGUAUUUCUGAGAUGAGAAAAGCUCCUCAUAAAAAAUAUCUGCCGUUCGGAGUCGGUUUAAGACUGUAGGUCCCUCCAUUUAUGAAACAUCAAGACGCACGCCACAUAUAUGAGAAGGAACUCGGCCAAACACCCAAAAAGGGCGUCAGCGCCAAUUAUAAAUCAAAAUUAAAAAUGCAGAAAUUGCCGCAAACUGUUCUACGUUGCCGGCAUGACAUUUCCCAGCAGUCCGUUCUACGUUACCGGAACGACCUGGAUUUAUAUCCGGCCAAGGACUGUCAUUCCAGCAGCACAUUGUACUGCAAAUUGCUGCUACAACAACAACAAAGUCUUCUUUUACGCUAUCUAAGAAAUACAAGACGAUUAUUAAUUUAUAUAGCAGCAUCUGAUUAGAAUAGUAAAUUGAAAACUUUGAAGCCGCUUUUCUCGAAAUUUGUGUUUUUUGGACUAUGACACUCU